AUGACACCACCGAUGGCUGCUGGAUUGAUAUCUACGGGUACAGUAAAUAAAGGUAGUGAGGAACAAAGCUUGAAACGUUAUUACAAAACAAAAAUCGAAGACAUGCAGCAACGAGUUGCAGAGAAAACACAAAAUCUGCGACGACUUCAUGCUCAACGAAAUGAACUUAAUACAAAGGUUCGCAUGUUGAAGGAGGAACUGCAACAGCUACAUGAGCAGGGAUCCUAUGUUGGUGAAGUAUCAAAAGCGAUGGAUAAAAAGAAAGUACUCGUCAAGGUUCAUCCGGAGGGAAAAUACGUUGUUGAUUUGGAUAAAGGUAUUGACAUAAAUAGCGUCACUUCGGGGUGUCGUGUUGCUCUCAGAGCUGAUAGCUAUGCGUUACAUAAAGUACUCCCAAACAAGAUUGAUCCUCUGGUUUCUCUUAUGAUGGUAGAGAAAGUUCCCGAUUCAACUUACGAAAUGAUUGGCGGUUUGGAUAAACAGAUAAAGGAGAUAAAAGAAGUGAUCGAAUUACCUGUGAAACACCCAGAACUUUUCGAUGCAUUGGGAAUUGCACAGCCCAAGGGGGUCCUAUUGUAUGGUCCACCUGGAACGGGUAAAACAUUACUUGCCCGCGCUGUGGCCCAUCAUACGGAAUGUACGUUCAUUCGAGUAUCGGGCUCCGAAUUGGUUCAGAAGUUUAUUGGAGAAGGUGCUCGUAUGGUUCGCGAAUUGUUCGUAAUGGCUCGUGAGCACGCACCGUCAAUAAUUUUUAUGGAUGAAAUAGAUUCCAUUGGUUCAUCUCGUGUUGAAGGUAGCAGUGGCGGUGACUCGGAAGUUCAACGUACAAUGUUAGAGCUGUUGAAUCAACUUGAUGGUUUUGAAGCUACCAAAAAUAUCAAAGUGAUUAUGGCAACAAAUCGCAUUGAUAUUCUCGAUCCUGCACUUUUGAGACCAGGAAGAAUCGACAGAAAAAUAGAAUUUCCCGCACCUGAUGAGAAAGCACGUGCAGAUAUACUAAAAAUCCAUUCACGAAAAAUGAAUCUUAUGCGAGGUAUAAACAUGAAGAAAAUAGCAGAAGCUAUACCUGGUGCAAGCGGCGCUGAAGUCAAAGCUGUUUGUACCGAAGCUGGCAUGUUUGCUUUGCGGGAGCGUCGUAUUCAUGUAACUCAAGAAGAUUUCGAAAUGGCUGUUGGCAAGGUAAUGCAAAAAGAUUCGGAUAAGAAUAUGUCAUUGAAGAAGCUUUGGAAGUGA